AUGUCCGGAGAAAAGAUCUACGAGGGCGUCUUUGCCGUUCACAAGCCGCAAGGCGUCACCUCCGCCGACGUAAUCCGCAAACUACAGCACCACUUCAACCCGUCCGACGUCUUCAAACCAUGGCUCGAGACCGAGCGCGCGCGACGCAAUCGAGAAAGCAACUUCCAGCGCAAACGCCGUCGUAGCCAGCGCCUUGACGUUAAGAUCGGACAUGGAGGAACCCUCGACCCCCUCGCAACCGGAGUCCUCGUUACGGGCGUUGGCAAAGGAACGAAAUUCCUCAAUGACUUUCUAGGGUGCACAAAGACGUACGAGACGGUCGUUCUCUUUGGCGCAGAGACGGAUUCAUAUGAUCAAUUGGGAAAAAUUGUUCGUCGGGGCCCGUAUGAACAUAUUACUCGUGAGGCGGUGGAAAAGGCGCUCGAACAAUUCCGGGGGAAGAUUAUGCAACGCCCGCCUAUUUUCUCGGCGCUCAAGGUUCAGGGCAAGAAGUUAUAUGAGUAUGCACGAGAGGGGAAAGUACCGCCGAUUGAAAUCCAGUCUAGGCCGGUGGAGGUACUUGAUAUGCGAGUUCUCGAAUGGUAUGAGCCUGGAACGCAUGAGUAUAAAUGGCCCGAGGAAGAGGCCGCUGCAGAUGAGAAGGCUGUUGCGGAGAAAUUGCUGGAGAAAGACGAUUCUUUGCCUGUUGCUCCAGCAGCGGACGAUGCUGAUGCGACGUCGAAACGCAAGUCGCCUCCAGCAGAAAGCCCCAAAGACACUGAACCCGAACCUACGAAGAAACAGAAAGUAUCCGAUGAGGGUGACGCCGCACCCGCCACGUCCGAGAAAACCAAUGCGCCAGAAGCGACAGAGGAAAAGCCCACAGAAACGACGACAGAAACACAACCUGAAGCUUCAGAGCCAUCGAAUGGCCGAUCACAGCCACCUGCAGUGAAGAUUACCAUGACCGUCACUUCCGGCUUUUACGUUCGCUCUUUAGCACACGAUCUUGGCAAGGCCCUGGGUAGCUGUGGCCUUAUGAGCGCGCUUGUGCGGUCCCGCCAGGCAGACUUCGACUUGGAACCGGAGAGGAUACUCGAGUAUAAGGAUCUCGAUGCCGGGGAGGAGGUUUGGGGUCCAAAAGUUAAGAAGUUCCUGGAUGAGUGGGAACAGAAGAGAGCUGCCAAAGAAGGCUCCAAUUAA